ACUUCUCUGAGAUUCACUUCCUGUUAUAUUAUAAAUGGAAUAUCAUGCAUAUAAAAACAAGUGAAAUGUAAGAAAUUGUGUUCACUCUCUGCUCUGCUCUUGCAGGAGAGCUACUUCUCUGUGGACUCACAGUUUCUGCAAUGAAAGUCCAACCAAACUGUCAGCAGUUUUUUACGGGGCAGUGUGUUCAUCUGAGCUGUGAGGAAGAGGAGGAGGAGGGGAACUCUACUGGGUGGACACUGAAGAGGAUAUCAGUUGAACAAACAGAGACGUGUGGAGCUGCUGAAGGCUUUGGGAGGAUCAAUGGUUCCACCUGCAUCGUCUCAGAUUUAUCUCCUCGUGCAGAUCGAGGAGUUUACUGGUGUGAACACCAGAGUGGGCAGAAGAGCCUCCAAGUCACCCUCACAGUUUCAGAUCGACCUUUCAUCAUGGAGAUCCCUGCUCUUCCUGUUAUGGAAGGAAGUGAUGUCACACUGCUCUGCAGGAGCAAAAAUGGUUCUCCCAUCCCAGCUCACUUCUUCAAGUUUGGGAGACACGGUGCCCCAAUUCAAGCUGCCCCUGAAGGAGAGUUUGUCAUCAAAAAGGUCCGACAGUCUGAUGAAGGUUUCUACUGGUGUUCUACUGGUCAGAAUACAUCACCAUCGAGCCGGCUGAAUGUCGUAGCUUCUUCUUCCACCACCAGCUCCCCGACUCUCCUCCCUGCUCCUUUUCCAGUCAGACUCUUCUGCCAUUUAGUGGUUAUAAUUCCAUACUGCAUUGUCACAGGUCUAAUGGUUUGUAUUUACUGCAGCAGGAGGACAGGAAGUCCACCGGCGGUCACCAUGGAGAUGGCACAACAAGAUGAACCUGAGCGGGCUUUAGAUGAGUGUGGUGUGACCACCCUGCAUGACUUCUAA